AUGCGCUUUCAGCCAUUGGCUAUAGGCCUCCUAGCCUCCGCCUCUCUGAGUCCCGUCCUAGGAUGUCCGUACUUGGAAGCUCAAGCUGCCAAUGCUGCCAAUGCUGAACAGGCUAGAGAUAUUCCCGACAGUCACCCAACUGUGCGUGUGAGUGCACGUAGUGACAAGGCGUCGGGUGACAAGAAAGGUGUUUUCUUUCACAACAGAAUUGCACCCGUAACCCAGCACUUGUAUAUCGCAAAUUCAGAUGCCACUGAUGAGCGUCUUCUACUGGGUAAUCUGAGCUCCCACAUCGAUUAUCAUGCCUCCUUUUCUCCUGAUGGUGAAUGGAUUGUCUUCACAAGUGAACAUAAUGGCGAUGGAAAUGCUGAUCUUUAUCGGAUUCGUCCCAAUGGUACCGACCUCGAGGAGCUUAUAGUUACACCAUCCAUUGAAGAUUCUGGUGUCAUCUCUCCUGAUGGUAAGCUGCUUGCCUAUGUAUUCUCGGCUAAUGGCCACAAAGCUAAUAUCUGGGUCAUGAACUUGGAGACCAAGGAGCAAUGGAACUUGACCGAUACAACCGAGACCAAGAGUGACUCGAACAGCCCCUCUGGAAAUUUUAAUGGAUCGCAUUUUUCAAGUGAUCGCAAUACAAACUGGUAUCUUGGUAACGCAACAGGCUGGGAACACAUACAAGAGACUUCUAUCUAUGCUAUCCGACCUAAUGGCAGCGACUUCCUCACCGUUGCCAAUAGGACUGGUUAUGCUCUUGGAUCUCCCAAGUGGUCCUAUGAUGGCAGUCGUAUUCCAACUAUCUCUGGAAGCAGUGACAUCGUAUCGGUUUAUUUUGCUACGGGUAAAGACCGUCAGGUUCAUGCCUCAGUGAGUGGCUACGCAAUCAAUCCACCCUAUGUGAGCAGUGAUGGCAACAUCGGCUAUCUUGUCAAGUCGGGCUCAUAUGAGGGUAUCAACUAUACAACCUAUGAUAGUGUGUUCCAGAAAGAUGAUUGGCACAUCCGUCAAGACGGGAAAUCCCUUUACAGCUGGGACGAUGACUGGGAGUACCGCUUCAUGGAUAUGAUGCCACAGCUGAACAACGCGACCGGUAUGUUGACCCUGUCGCAAAAGCAGAAUGGGAAUACAGCCAUCGUCAAGCAAAAGCCGGACGGUUCAGACUACUCGGUAGUCUUCGAUCCCUAUGAAGACGGCCAAGUUAAUGCGUAUGGCAUUGCAACUGGUAAUGCGGGACUCCAGCAGCCUUCUUGGUCUGGUGAUGGUGAAUGGCUCACCUUUAGUACCGGAUGGUGGUUCCAGAAUCGCACCACUGAUCAGGGAUGGGUAUACCGGGUACGUGGCAACGGAUCCAACUAUGAGAAACUUACAGGUGAUAUCGCCGAGGAGCUUAAUGCCGGCUUCUCAUCCUUCUCUCCCAAUGACAAGAAGAUCGUUUACCGAAUCAUGGGCCCAGUACGACGAGGUCUCCGGGUCCUUGAUCUAGAGACGCGUACUCUUCACAAUCUCACUGAUAAGUGGGACAACAUGCCUGGUUGGAGCCCCGAUGGAGAGAAGAUUGUCUUCACUCGCCGUAACAACUGGACUGAAGCUGUCGACGAAAUUACACCAUACGAUCCCUAUGACGUUUGGACUAUCCGUCCGAAUGGUACCGAUGUUACCAGAUUGACCACGGCGUUAGGCAAUGAUGGACAUGCCGUUUGGUCUAACGAUGGAAAAAUUCUUUUCAGCACUUCCCGCUAUGGUUUUAGAGGCGAGUCAGCCAACUAUGAUAACACCUUCCAGCCAUAUGGUUGCUAUGGUCAUGGAAAGUGA